GCGGCCCGAGGGGUGUGUGCGGGGGGCCGAAGGCAGCGGCUGUCACAGUCAGCUCUGCCUGUGCUGGGGGAAAGCGGCCGCCUCCAGCUCCUGGCGCAGCCCGGCCCCGCUCACCCGCCUCAGGGCCCUGGCUCUGGCCAACCCAGGAGAGACGGCUGUGCCUUGAAGCCCCUGCAAGCUCUCCCAGUGGUGGCACCCAGCAGCGAGGGCCCCGCCCCUGUCCUGUGGCCACUGCGUGGACUGCGCCUUGAUACCCGCACUGCAUGCACAGGGCCCAGCCCAAGCCAUAGAGACAGGGGACGAGCAGACACCCGCCUGCCCUGGCAGCCAUGAGGCCCCCGUGGUGUCCCCUGCACAAGCCCUCCCUGGCCUCCCCACUCCUCCUCCUCCUCUCCCUCCUGGGAGCAGGGGUGGGGGCUGAGGGCCGGGAGGAUCCAGAGCUGCUGGUGACGGUUCGAGGGGGCCGGCUUCGGGGCAUUCGCCUAAAGGCCCCCGGGGGCCUUGUCUCUGCUUUUCUGGGCAUCCCCUUUGCAGAGCCACCUGUGGGUCCCCGACGCUUUCUGCCACCAGAGCCCAAGCGGCCCUGGACAGGGGUGCUGGAUGCUACGACCUUCCCUAGUGUCUGCUACCAAUAUGUGGACACCUUGUACCCCGGUUUUGAGGGCACCGAGAUGUGGAACCCAAACCGUGAGCUGAGCGAGGACUGCCUCUACCUCAAUGUGUGGACACCGUACCCCCGGCCUGCAUCCCCCCUCCCUGUCCUCAUCUGGAUCUAUGGGGGAGGCUUCUACAGCGGGGCCUCCUCCCUGGACGUGUAUGAUGGCCGCUUCCUGGCACAGGCAGAGGGGACAGUGCUGGUGUCCAUGAACUACCGGGUGGGAACCUUUGGCUUCUUGGCCCUACCAGGGAGUCGAGAGGCACCCGGCAAUGUAGGUCUGCUGGAUCAGAGGCUGGCACUGCAGUGGGUGCAAGAGAAUGUGGCAGCUUUCGGAGGGGACCCAACAUCAGUGACUCUGUUUGGGGAGAGUGCAGGCGCUGCCUCUGUGGGCAUGCAUGUCCUGUCCCCGCCCAGCCGGAGCCUCUUCCACAGGGUCGUGCUGCAGAGCGGUGCACCCAACGGGCCCUGGGCCACAGUGGGCAUGGGAGAGGCCCGCCGCAGGGCCACACUGCUGGCCCGCCUUGUAGGCUGUCCCCCGGGUGGUGCUGGUGGCAAUGACACAGAACUGGUAGCCUGCCUGCGGACACGGCCAGCUCAGGAUCUGGUGGACCAUGAGUGGCACGUGCUGCCCCAGGAAAGCAUCUUCCGGUUUUCCUUCGUGCCAGUGGUGGACGGAGACUUCCUCAGUGACACGCCUGAGGCCCUCAUCAAUGCUGGAGAUUUCCAUGGCCUGCAGGUGCUGGUGGGUGUGGUGAAGGAUGAGGGGUCCUAUUUUCUGGUUUAUGGGGCCCCAGGCUUCAGCAAAGACAACGAAUCUCUCAUCAGCCGGGCCCAGUUCCUGGCUGGAGUGCGCAUCGGGGUCCCCCAGGUGAGCGACCUGGCAGCCGAGGCUGUGGUCCUGCAUUACACAGACUGGCUGCAUCCUGAGGACCCAGCACGCUUACGGGACGCCAUGAGUGCUGUGGUGGGCGACCACAAUGUCGUGUGCCCUGUGGCCCAGCUGGCUGGGCGACUCGCUGCCCAGGGGGCCCGAGUCUAUGCCUUUGUCUUUGAACACCGUGCCUCCACGCUCACCUGGCCACUUUGGAUGGGGGUGCCCCACGGCUACGAGAUUGAGUUCAUCUUUGGACUACCCCUGGACCCCUCGCUGAACUACACCAAUGAGGAGAAAAUCUUUGCCCAGCGAAUGAUGAGAUACUGGGCCAACUUUGCCCGCACAGGGGACCCCAAUGACCCACGUGACGCCAAAGCCCCUCAGUGGCCCGCAUACACUGCGGGAGCUCAGCAGUACGUGAGCCUCAACCUGCAGUCCCUGGAGGUGCGGAGGGGACUUCGCGCCCAGGCCUGCGCCUUCUGGAACCGCUUCCUGCCCAAACUGCUCAGUGCAACCGCCUCCGAGGCUCCCUGCAUCUGCCCAGGCCCCACCCAUGGGGAGGCUGCCCCGAGGCCCAGGCCUGGCCUACCCCUGACCCUCUUCCUCCUCUUCCUCCUCCUCCUCCUCCUACGGCUGUGACCACGGCCUCUGGCCUCUUAUCCUCCUGCGUCAGGGGCCCCUCCUCUAAAGCAUGGCCACGUGGCCGGACCAAGGGGAAGGGCCCCUCUCAGGGACCCACCACCCCCUCCCUGUUCGCAAACUGGACAGGCCUCAGGGAUCCACUCGCCUUUGUUUAAAUGGAAAUGAAAAGCCAAUUUAUUUAUUUUUUUUCUUUCUUAUAAAAUUAUCCUUUGGAGCUUGAGCCUGAUGUUGGGAGAAGGGGAGGACCUGGGGAUGGAUAGCACCCCCAGGGGGCUACAACAGUCAACCAUUUCUGUCUCUUCUCUUUUUCUCCCCGCCAACCAACCAACCCGUGGAUCUGCCUUUCUGGUCCCAUCCAUCUCCAUCUUCCGGUCACUUCCUCUUCCUGCCUGCUUCCUGCCUGCUUCCUGCCAUUCUUCUCUGGCCCCACCCUUACCUCAUCCUCCCUGUUUGCCGUCUUGCCUACACUCCCGUGGUCCUCCUUCCACCAUCCCACGUGACCUCCUUCACCCGUACGUUGCCCCUGCGCUCACGCCCCUUCUUGUCCUCCGUGCCGUGCCGCCUCCCCCCACCCCGCCGGGCGCCC